AUGAGGUUUUUGCCUUUGUCCUUGGGACAUUUUCUGUACAUUCUUACCAGUCGUUGCUUUCCUUUUCCCUUCUCUUGUUGGUGCUGUGGUGUACCUCCCGCUUCAGUGGGUUUUUGUUUUGUUUAUGUGGGGACGCAUUUUUCGCGGCAGCUGGUUAACGUUUGUUAUGCCGGUGGCGUUUCCCAGGGGCCACUGCUGCGGGUUGCGCUGAAAGGUGUAAAAACCUUUGUUCCUCGCGCAGGGCCUCUCGAUAGAAAAGGUGUAGCGAAGGGAAAUUAG